AUGCUUUCACUGCUCAAACAUGCUCCUUAUUCAAUCAUAAACCAUAGAUUCGAGGUGAAGAUUAACGAUUCUGAGCACAGAAGGUUAGAUAUUUCAAAAUUCAAGAGAUGCAUUUUACUGUACUACGACUGUACUAACGAAAACAGCCAAAAGCUGUUCGCGUUCAUUCCUCUCUCUCUCUCUAUUCACAUUUCCCGUUUCCCAUUUUAUUCUUUCUCUUUACAUAUCUUACUCCCCCAAUCCAAUCAUACUCUUAUGAUUGCUUACGUAUUAUCCAAUUUUGGAAAGGAAACUACCCUCACUUAUAUCGUUACUCACUUCCCACACCCUACUACUUCUGUUCAGUCCUGCUACAGUUUACUAUUUAUACAAACUGCUGCAUCAAUAGAGAAGAAAGUGCCCAUAACAUCUCCAUACUGUGCUCUGCUACACCCCGCUAUACUCUGCUAUUCUCUGCUAUAUUCGAGACCACUAUGGCACCUAAUAACCUUUCCACCGAGCCGCCAUCAAAAUACAGACUCCCCGUUUCAAGACUAUCAAAUACGUUUUUGA